GGUUGGGGGUGGAGACCAGGCAGAGGCUGAAGAAGAAAGCACGAGAAAGCAUGAAGGGAGGAAACAUUGCUGGCCUCUGUGCAAUUGGGGCUGGACAGCCAAACAGCGCUGACUUGGAGACUCCAGGACCCUGGGCAUGAUGUUCCUGCCCUCCAAGAAGGACCUCAAGACCGCCCUGGAGGUCUUCGCUGUUUUCCAGUGGUGCCUCAGUGCCUUUAUUAUAGUCAACACUGUGAUCAUCACCAACCUCUACCUGGUGGUGUUCACGCCGUACUGGCCUCUCACUGUGCUCCUUCUCGCCUGGCUGGGUUUUGACUGGAAGACCCCGGAGCGAGGUGGUCGCCGGCUUACCUGUGUGAGGCAUUGGCGCCUGUGGAAAGAGUACUGUGAUUACUUCCCACUCAAGCUUUUGAAGACUCAUGAUCUCUCCCCAAGCCACAACUACAUUGUUGUCUGCCACCCUCAUGGGCUCCUGUCCCAUUCCUACUUUGGCCACUUUGCCACAGAGGCCUCAGGCUUCUCCAAGAUCUUUCCUGGCAUCACCCCUUAUUUGCUCACACUGGGAGCCUUUUUCUGGGUGCCUCUCCUCAGAGACUAUGUCAUGAUGACAGGAAUCUGCUCUGUGAGCCAGUCCUCCAUGGACUUCCUGCUUACCCAUAGAGGCACAGGCAACAUGCUGAUUGUGGUGGUUGGCGGCCUGAGUGAAUGCAGAUUCAGCGUGCCAGGAUCUACCACCUUGGUCUUGAAGAAACGCAUGGGCUUUAUCCGCAUGGCCCUUCGGCAUGGGGUGGCUCUAAUCCCUGCUUACACAUUUGGGGAGACAGAACUCUACAAUCAGCAUAUUUUCACUCCUGGGGGCUUGGUCAAUCGCUUCCAGAAGUGGUUUCAGAGCAUGGUACACAUCUACCCUUGUGCCUUCUAUGGGCGUGGCUUCACUGAGAACUCCUGGGGCUUUCUGCCCUACGCUCGGCCUGUGACCACCAUCGUUGGGAAGCCUCUACCCAUGCCCAAGAUUGAGAACCCGAGCCAGCAGACGCUGGAUAAAUACCAUGCAGUCUAUAUCAGCGCCCUGCGCAAUCUAUUUGACCAGCACAAGACCAAGUUUGGCUUCUCAGAGACCCAGGAACUGGUGAUAGUUUGACAGACAUCCCCGGGGCCUCUCAGCCUGCCUGGAAGGUAUGGAGCCGGGAAACAGGAAGACGUCACCUGUGGGGCUCCUGCUUCUGAUUCAGCCAGUCCUCAGUGUGACGGGGGCUGGGGGAUAGGGAUGGGGAGGGCCCUCUUCCUCUUUCAUCUCUCUCCUCCUUCCAGCUCUUCUCAGUGUUUUCCUUCAGGCCAUGACGAAGAUGCCCCCAAGACAGGGAAGGCUCUAGGGGGAGAGGUGCCCUGAAGGCUCCCUCACAGAGGCCCACUCAGCAUCAGCACCUGCUGACAUUGCCUGUGCCCCAGCCAGCCCGUUCCAGGGGCCUAGGAUCCCUGCGUGUGACUCUCCUCCAGCUCUCAAGCAGCCUCAUCUCCUGGCAUCAAGGCUCCUCCAAGACAGGCUGCCUUGAGAUACAGGGGGCUUUGAGUUCAGGCCCCACCCACUUCAAGCCCUGUGACUUGGAGCUAUCAGUCACCUCUGAGCCUGUUUCCUUAUCAGUAAAAAUGGGACAAGUUGUCCCUCCCCUGCUUACCUCAGAGAGUGCUGGGAAUGAUCAAACGAUAUCAGAAGUGAUUGAGCCAAGAGCACACAAAAUUCUUCUGCAACCAUUUUGCCCAUUUCCUGUCUGCAAGCAAACAAUGCCCUACAUGUCAUGGCAUAUCAAUGUUUAAAAGAAAGUGUAUUCAAUUAAAAAAAAAUCAACAUUCCAGUCUAUUAAAAAAAAGAAAGUUUAAGUUUAUGGUCUAGGGUCUUGUCAACAGUUCUCUGAAAGUUUAAGUAAACUUUCUAAUUGGGUGACCUUAGGCGAGCUCCUUCAACUCUUUAGUCUUGGUCUCCUCAUCUGCAAAAUGGGAUGAUACAUCCUGGGGAGCUGGAGACUGCAUCUACCCAAGCUCUUUUGGAUGCAGGCCUGAAAUAAGUCUCCAGCUGAGGGCAACUCCAUGUGGUGUCACUGCCUUGGGGCCGUGUUCCUUCUUGCAGGCCCUCUAGCCUACUGGACAUAUGGCUAUAGGAAAAGACCUAGGGGAUAGGGAUGAGUGCCUGGGGGUUGGGG